CUCUCUCUCUGCCUGGUUAGUGGCUUAUUAUUCGCAUUUUGCCCAGAGAAAGUUGAAGUCAAAGUCAAUGUCAUAGAAAUGCAACUUGAGAAAAAUUCUUCAAGCUCUGCGCAUUUUCAACUAAUUUGACAAACCCCCUUCAGAAAACGUAGAGUUAUCAGCUGGUUAUCUUUUGUUCGUCUAAAGUUUUGCAGGAAGAGUAGAGCUAUGGAAAUGGAAGCAGAAGAACAGGAAAAAGAAAGUCUUCACCUUGAGGCUGAGAACCAAAAGCAGAAAACUUCAGUAAAGGGUGUCCGGGAUUUGCUAUGGACACCCAUGAAUUGGUUCAAAAUGCUCAGCAGUGAGUUGCAUUGGAGCUUUGUGGUGGGUGUGGUCAUUGUGUACGGAAUCAGUCAGGGUCUGAGUAUGGGACUGAGUAGAAUCGGUAUACAGUAUUACUUGAAAGAUGAUCAGAAAGUGCAGCCCUCUGAAGCACAAGUCUACUUUGGAAUUAUUCAAAUUCCAUGGAUGGUUAAGCCUUUUUGGGGUCUUCUUACUGAUACUCUUCCUAUUCUUGGGUACCGCCGGAAGCCGUACUUUGUUUUUGCUGGUGUAAUUGGGGUGAUCUCCAUGCUUGUGCUAUCACUAGACAAGAAAUUAGAUCUCACAAUUUCCCUGUUGUCUCUGAUGAUGGGGAGUGCUGGAGUAGCAAUAGCUGAUGUAACAAUUGAUGCCUGUGUUACACAAAACAGUAUAAGUCAUCCAUCCCUUGCUGGUGACAUGCAAAGCUUGUGUGGACUGACCUCUUCAAUUGGGGCACUGGUGGGAUUUUCACUUAGUGGGUUUCUUGUUCACCAACUGGGCCCUAAGGGUGUCUUUGGAUUGCUCAGCAUCCCUCCAGGGCUGGUCAUUUUGGUUGGGGUAAUGCAUAGAGAACCUCAUGUUCGCACCUUCACUUAUACACAGGUCAGUGUAAAGUUUCUGGAUGCUUGCAAGACUAUGUGGACAACUCUAAAAUGUGGUAAUGUCUGGAGGCCCUGUUUAUACAUGUACUUGUCACUUGCUUUGGCCUUGAAUGUUCGUGAAGGAAUGUUUUACUGGUACACCGAUGCAAAGGGGGGUCCAUCUUUCUCACAGGAGGUUGUUGGGUCCAUAUUCUCUAUUGGUGCUGUUGGCUCUCUUUUUGGGGUCCUUCUUUACCAGAACUUCUUCAAAAGUUACCCCUUCAGGGAUGUGCUUUUCUGGACGCAAUUGCUCUAUGGUGUAUCAGGAUUGCUAGACUUGAUAUUGGUGUUGCGCAUAAAUUUGAAAUUUGGUUUACCAGAUUAUUUUUUUGUUGUCAUUGACGAAGGCGUUACUCAGUUGAUUGGGCGUAUUAAGUGGAUGCCUCUUCUUGUACUUAGUUCCAAACUCUGUCCUGCUGGUAUAGAAGGCACUUUCUUUGCUUUGCUUAUGUCUAUUGAUCAUGUUGGAAUGCUGUCAUCUACUUGGGCUGGAGGCCUCUUACUCCACGUCUUGAAGAUUACACGGACACAGUUUGAAAAUCUUUGGAUGGCAAUUUUGAUCCGGAGUUUGUUGAGAAUUGUUCCGAUUGCAUUACUUUUCUUAAUACCCAGAACUGAUCCCAACUUAUCCAUUCUUCCACCUGAGAUGUUGAGGACCAAAAAAGGUCAUGAUACACAUGAGUAUGAGACUAUUGAAAUGGCCUCCCUUGUGAAUGUCACUUGAUCUCAACUAGGGAUGAGUUGAUCUGGUAAAAUGCGAUGUGAAGGAAGAACUACAUCUGAUGGCUGUUGGGAGAUCUGGAGAAACCGUCCUUCGAAAUGCUGGAACCAUGUCCCUGAAAGAAGGCAUUUUUGAAGUUCUCUAAUUAUUAAGAGUACUAUGAUUACAACAUUAUUUUUCCAUGAUAAAUUCUUACUGCCCCACUGUUAUGAGAUGCACACUGGACGAGCUUGGUUGUUUAAGA